UCCACGGAGAGGUCAUUGGAUCGGCAGUGGGUGGAGCCCUCUCCGCGUCGCUCGCCUUCCAGCGUAGGCUGGGCGGCCUCCGGUUUUCUGCGGGCUCGCCACCUGCCCGUCAUGGACUACCGGCGGCUCGUGAUGAGCCGGAUAGUCCCGGGGCAGUUCGACGACGCGGAUUCGUCUGACAGUGAAAACGUAGAAUUGAAGAUGAUCAAAAAGGAGGAUAGUGCUCCACUUGAAGACUUUCAAACUAAGACCGAAUAUGAGAUUGAAGAGGAAGAAGAGGAGGAUUAUGAUGAGGAUGAUGAUUGGGACUGGGAUUAUGGAGUUGGGAAACUCACAAAGGGUUAUGCAUCCACUGCAGGGAGUAACUCACAGGCAAAUCGUCUCACUUCUAACUGCAGCUCUGCCAAAAUGUCUACUCCAGCAGAUAAGGUCUUACGGAAAUUUGAGAAUAAAAUUAAUCUAGAUAAGCUAAAUGUUACUGGUUCUGUCAUAAAUAAAGUUACCGAAAAGUCUAGACAAAAGGAAGCAGAUUUGUAUCGCAUCAAAGAUAAGGCAGACAGAGCAACUGUAGAACAGGUGUUGGAUCCCAGGACUCGAAUGAUUUUAUUUAAGAUGUUGACUAGAGGCAUCAUCUCAGAGAUAAAUGGCUGUAUCAGCACAGGAAAAGAAGCUAAUGUAUACCAUGCUAGCACAACAAAUGGAGAGAACAGAGCGAUCAAAAUUUAUAAAACUUCUAUUUUGGUGUUUAAAGACCGGGAUAAGUAUGUGAGUGGGGAAUUCAGGUUUCGUCAUGGCUAUUGUAAAGGAAAUCCCAGAAAAAUGGUGAAAACUUGGGCAGAAAAAGAAAUGAGGAAUUUAAUCAGGUUAAACACAGCAGAAGUACCAUGCCCAGAACCUAUAAUGCUAAGAAGUCAUGUUCUUAUCAUGGGUUUCAUUGGAAAAGGUGACAUGCCUGCACCACUCUUGAAAAAUGUCCAGUUAUCAGAAUCCAAAGCUCGGGAACUAUACCUGCAGGUAAUUGAGUACAUGAGACGGAUGUACCAGGAUGCCAGACUUGUCCAUGCAGAUCUCAGUGAAUUUAACAUGCUGUACAAUAAUGGAGAUGUGUACAUCAUUGAUGUUUCUCAGUCUGUGGAGCAUGACCACCCACACGCCUUAGAAUUCUUGCGAAAAGACUGUGCCAAUGUCAAUGAAUUUUUUCUGAAGCACAAUGUGGCUGUGAUGACUGUGCGGGAGCUCUUUGAAUUUGUUACAGAUCCAUCAAUUACACGUGAGAACAUGGAUGCUUAUCUCUCAAAGGCCAUGGAAAUAGCAUCUCAACGGACCAAGGAAGAAAGGUCCAGCCAAGACCAUGUGGAUGAAGAAGUGUUUAAGCAAGCAUACAUUCCUAGAACCUUAAAUGAGGUGAAAAAUUAUGAGAGAGAUCUGGAUAUUAUGAUGAAGUUGAAGGAAGAGGAGAUGGCCAUGAAUGCCCAACAAGAUAAUAUUCUAUACCAGACAGUAAUGGGAUUGAAGAAAGAUUUGUCAGGAGUUCAGAAGGUUCCUGCACUCCUAGAAAAUCGCGUUCAGGAUUCAACUUGUUCUGAUUUAGAAGAUUCUGGAAGCUCUGAUUGCUCUGAUGUAGACUCUGAGGAGCAAGGAGAUCAUGGCCAUUCUAAAAAGCAUACCACUGACCCAGAACUUGGUAAAAAGGAAAGGAAAAAAAUGGUCAAGGAAGCCCAGAGAGAGAAAAGGAAAAACAAAAUCCCCAAGCACGUGAAAAAAAGAAAGGAGAAAGCAGCUAAGAUGAAGAAAGGCAAAUAAAAUCAGGAACCCUUAACAGCCAUCUCCCAUCAGUUACAUGAACCCCUGAGGUGCAUCUAGAAGAUGGGUUCCUAAGUAUAACCAUAUUGUCUCUGGAGACUGCUGAAAGUGUUUUCAUGUAAUUGUGUCAAAACGUUCAAGUGCUACUAUCUAGUUCCAGUCAGCAUCUCGGUCUGGUAUUGAUGGAGCAUUUAUUUAAGCUACAAUUUUAAUGAAGGACUUUAUACUAGUGAUGCCCCCCCCCCCCCAA